CAAUGUGCUUAUUAAUAAUUUGAGGAGUGAGGAGGUAUAUAAAGCAAAGUAGUUGCUGUCCUUCUGUGUGUACCAGUCUUCGUCAAGAUGAAAGCGGCCUUCCUCAUUCUUUGCCUUAUCGCCUACGUGUCCGCUGCAAAGUUCGUUUGCCAGCAGGGCGUAUCUUACGUCGAGAAUGAGUGCAAUACUUGCAUUUGCGGAGCAGACGGUCACCUAGGCUGCACGUUUAAGGGAUGCUUUGAUAAAGCCCACAGUGAUUUGCAAACAUGUACCAACUACGACGAACAAUGGGAGAAGGAUUGCAACAAGUGUUGGUGCUCCGAAGGUCUGGGAACCGUCUGUACUAAUAACAAAUGUUGAUUGACAUUUUAAUAUGCCUGAAAUUGUAAAGAUUCUAACCAUUAAAAAUGUUCAUUCGUCCCUA